AUGGCUCUUUUUCAAAAUGUUCGUUUUCCGCGUCGCCAUUGGUCCAUCCUUUUCGCAGCAAUGCUCCUUUUUGGGAUCUUUACGUUUACCUUCCACUUCCAUUCUCGUCUUCUCUCACCAAGCGCCUUGCAAGCGUCCACUGUACAUGCAUCCAAAGAGCAUCACGGCGACCCAAACAAAUACACGUUUUUAGCAUUACUCACCCCUCCGUCCUCUGAAAAUGACCCCUAUUUCAAUGCCACUAGGGUUCUUGUUCAUCGCUUAAAGCACCACCCCGUUACGAAAAGCAAGUAUCCUAUACACAUCAUGGUUCUCCGUGGAGUUGACGAAUGGAAAAUUCGUCGUCUAGAGGCCGAUGGUGCUUCCGUCCUUCUCGUCGAUCCAAUCUCUCCAUCCGACAUUGUUGUCGACCUUGAUUCCAUGGACAAUGACAUUUCCGACCGCAUUCGACACAUGUUUACAAAGCUUCGUAUUUUCGAGUUAACCCAGUUUGAUAAACUCUGUGUCAUUGAUAGCGAUAUCCUGCCUCUAAAAAACAUCGACGAUAUAUUCGAUGUUCCUUACCAAGGCAAACCACCCACUCCCAUUCCAUCCGAACAGCGCGAAUACAAGGAUCCAAAAGAUGGAUCGUCGCACUUUUUUUCGGAAGAUUUUGCGGAUUACGAUACCAACAUCGAUGAUUUCUAUCCUUACCUUUUGGCUGCCGCUACCGACAGAGGAGAGCACCAUAUGAUUCCACCCGAACCACUUGGAUCCUUCAACGCUGGGAUGAUGCUCAUCCGUCCCAGCCUUGCCCACUUUCAGCGCCUUUUGAAAAUUGGCGCUUAUCCCUAUAAAUACGAGAAUGCUCAUAUGAUGGAGCAAAGUUUGCUCAACGUUGCUUACGGGGAACAUGGAUGGUUUCCAUGGACCCGCGUUGAUCCUUAUUAUAAUGGUGUCUGGUGUUCUCUUCCCGAACAUCCCCACUUGAAAACUGCACACGGUAAGUUUUGGCAGUCUGAUAGUACUGAAUUUGCUUCUGUGUAUCUUGCAGAAUGGUACCGUGCAUACGGUGAAAUGCUCGCCUUUCACCAAUAUCAAACCAUGUAG